CACUCACCUAUGACUGAUAGCAAGGUAUAAAUGCUCUAUUCAGAAUUGCUUGGACAUUUUCUUGCCUGAGAGACUGAGAACGUUAUUUAAAUUUGAUUGAAUAGUGAACCUCAAUUCGUUCUGGUUUCACUGCGAAAGAAGCCUGUGCAAUCGUUCACUUAUCGAAAGUCUUUUGAUUUACUCUGAAAUUAUCCAUUAUCAUCAAAAUGUUUUGUGGGGACUAUGUACAAGGCACCAUCUUCCCAGCUCCCAAUUUCAACCCCAUCAUGGAUGCCCAGAUGCUGGGCGGUGCACUCCAAGGCUUUGACUGUGACAAAGACAUGCUGAUCGGCAUUCUAACCCAGCGCUGCAAUGCACAAAGGCUGCUGAUUGCAGAGGCGUACCAGGGAAUGUAUGGUCAGGACCUGAUUGGGGAUCUGAAAGAGAAGCUUUCACAUCACUUCAAGGAGGUGAUGGUUGGUCUCAUGUACCCCCCACCAUCUUAUGAUGCUCAUGAACUCUGGCACGCCAUGAAGGGAGCAGGCACAGAUGAGAAUUGCCUCAUUGAUAUAUUAGCCUCAAGAACAAAUAGAGAAAUUUUUCAAAUGAGAGAAGCCUACGGUUUGCAAUACAGCAGUAACCUUCAAGAGGACAUUUACUCAGAGACCUCCGGACACUUCAGAGACACCCUUAUCAAUUUGGUCCAGGGAACCAGAGAAGAAGGCUAUGCAGACCCUGCCUCGGCUGCCCAGGAUGCAAUGGUCUUGUGGGAAGCCUGCCAGCAGAAGACAGGGGAGCAUAAGACCAUGCUGCAGGUAGUCCUGUGCAGCAAGAGCUACCAGCAGCUGUGGCUAGUUUUCCAGGAAUUUCAAAGUAUUUCUGGGCGAGACAUAGUAGAUACCAUCAGAGAAUGCUAUGAUGGAUACUUUCAGGAGCUGCUAGUUGCAAUUGUUCUUUGUGUUCGAGACAAACCAGCCUAUUUUGCUAAUAGAUUACAUAGUGCAAUCCAUGACUUUGGUUUCCAUAAUAAAACCAUAAUCAGGAUUCUAAUUGCCAGAAGUGAAAUAGACUUGCUGACCAUAAGAAAACAUUACAAAGAGCAAUAUGGAAAAUCUCUAUUUCAUGAUAUCAAAAACUUUGCUUCGGGGCAUUAUGAGAAAGCACUGCUAGCUCUCUGUGCUGGGGACAUGGAAGACUACUAAAUGAAGAGGAGGGUCUGAGGGACUAUUCAGUCCUCUUCAUCAACACAUCCAAAUGGAGAUUUUAUGACAAAUUUCAGUUAUAACUAGCAGCAUAAUUAAAAUAUAGAAUCAUACUCUCUCUUUUUUGUGAAAUUAUUCCAAGCUAAAAAUAAAAAUUAUC